UGGUUUGCUGUAGAGGCUAUCCCAAUCUACGCUGUCGUAGGUCUCGCUUGCGGCGGCGCUGGCUGGUACGUGUCCCGCUUGGCCCGCCACCCCGACGUCGUCUGGGACCGCAAGAACAACCCGACUCCUUGGAACGAUGUUACGCCGAACAUGAACACCAAAUUGAUGGAUCACAGUGGAACACUUUCCGACAGGUACGCUUGUUCUCGCCAAUUCUAG